GUUUUCUGGCUUCAAAGAAAUCAAAUCAAAUUUGUUACUAAGCAAAUUGAAAUUUCCAGGCUGCAGGCAUUCUAGAAGUUCUAAACACCGUUUAAAAGAAGAUUUCCAUCUUAUUCUGUUUCUACUUUCUCUAAGGAGCUGUUUUUGUGCUGCUUGGCCCCUUCUGACCAGCAAUGGAACAAAGCAUUGAACAAACAACUGAGAUCCUGUUGUGUCUGUCACCUCGUGAAGUUGCCAAUCUCAAGGAAGGAAUCAACUUUUUCCGAAAUAACAGUACUGGCAAAGAUUUCAUCUUAUACAAGAAUAAAAAGUGCCUGAGGGCAUGCAAGAAUAUGUGCAGACAUCAAGGAGGCCUGUUCAUUAAGGAUAUCGAGGAUCUGAAUGGGAGGUGUGUUAAGUGCACAAAGCACAACUGGAAGUUAGACGUGAGCACCAUGAAGUACGUCAAUCCUCCAAGCAGCUUCUGUCAGGAUGAACUGGUUGUUGAAAUGGAUGAAGAAAGUGGACUUUCACUUCUAGAACUGAAUCCUCCUAACCCCUGGGAUUCAGAGCCCAGAUCUCCUGAAGAUUUGGCUUUUGGGGAAGUGCAGGUGACCUUCCUCGCUCAUGCCUGCAUGGACCUCAGGCUGGGAGACAAGAGGGUGGUGUUCGACCCUUGGUUAAUCGGUCCCGCUUUUGCCCGAGGAUGGUGGUUGUUACAUGAGCCUCCGUCUGAUUGGCUGGAGAGGUUGUGCCGAGCAGACCUAAUUUACAUCAGCCACAUGCACUCAGACCACCUGAGUUACCCCACGUUGAAGAAGCUUGCUGGAAGAAGACCAGAUAUUCCCAUUUAUGUUGGAAACACAGAAAGACCUGUGUUUUGGAAUCUCAACCAGAGUGGUGUCCAGUUGACUAAUAUCAACAUAGUGCCGUUUGGAGUAUGGCAGCAGGUAGACAAAAAUCUUCGAUUCAUGAUCUUGAUGGAUGGCGUUCAUCCUGAGAUGGACACUUGCAUUAUUGUGGAAUACAAAGGUCAUAAAAUACUCAACACAGUGGACUGCACCAGACCCAAUGGGGGACGGCUGCCUGUGGAGGUUGCUCUAAUGAUGAGCGAUUUCGCUGGAGGAGCGUCAGGCUUUCCAAUGACUUUCAGUGGUGGAAAGUUCACUGAGGAAUGGAAAGCCCAGUUCAUCAAAACAGAAAGGAGGAAGCUCCUGAAUUACAAGGCCCGACUCGUGAAGGACCUACGACCUCGGAUUUAUUGCCCUUUCGCUGGCUAUUUCGUGGAAUCUCAUCCCUCAGACAAGUAUAUUAAAGAAACAAACAUCAAAAAUGACCCAAAUGAACUCAACAAUCUUAUCAAGAAAAAUUCUGAUGUGGCAACAUGGACCCCACGACCUGGAGCCAUUCUAGAUCUGGGUAGGAUGUUAAAGGACCCGACAGACAGUAAGGGUAUCAUAGAGCCUCCAGAGGGGACAAAAAUUUACAAGGAUUCCUGGGACUUUGGACCAUAUUUGAAAAUCUUGAAUGCUGCUGUAGGAGAUGAAAUAUUUCUUCACUCAUCUUGGAUACAAAAAUACUUCACUUGGGCUGGAUUUAAGGACUAUAACCUGGUGGUCAGGAUGAUUGAGACAGAUGAGGACUUCCACCAUUUUCCUGGAGGAUAUGACUAUUUGGUUGACUUUCUAGAUUUAUCCUUUCCAAAAGAAAGACCACGCCGGGAGCAUCCCUAUGAGGAAAUUCGGAGCCGGGUUGACGUCAUCAGGCACGUGGUGAAGAAUGGUCUCCUCUGGGAUGACUUGUAUAUAGGAUUCCAAACCCGGCUUCAGCGGGAUCCUGACGUAUACCAUCAUCUGUUUUGGAACCAUUUUCAAAUAAAGCUCCCCCUAAAGCCCCCCAACUGGAAGUCCUUCCUGACGCACUGUGGAUAGAGUGGACCUGGGAUUUCUCAGGGAUGCCCAGCAACAUGAAACAUUUAAGAAUUUACUGACGCUACAUCCUGAGCAUGAGAAGCUUACACCAGAGACUAUGCCUUAUUUACAUCAGCAAUGGAUAAUUACAUGCUGCAUUUGUGAUUUGUUUACAUAUCUUGUUUGUGGAUUACUACAUAGCCAGAUUAUUAGUAUUUAACUUAUUCCAUCUGCAAUUCUCUCUGAAAGAACCAAUGAACCCAAUAGGAACAAAUUCUCUAUGGAGAACGAAGCUUACCAGGAGGAGAUGUGAAUCUAAGCACAGAAGCAGCAGAACACGAGAAAAAAAAUCCUAGAAGACAUGAGAACAAAGGAAAGGUGGGGGGGAGUGGGGGCAGGAGUUUGGUUAGAAAAUGAAAAUGAUAAAGAGAAGGAGACAAAUGAGAGAGCAUAAGGAGAAAAUAGGAAGGAGAAAAAAUAAGAUAGAAUUUAAAAAGGCAAAUGUAAAAACAGACAUUUUGUUCAGUGAUUGGUUCCCCAAAUAGGGUCCAUGAAAAUGGUCAAGUAAGAGUUCAUAAACUGUAUUCAAUUUUUCAAAAUGUUUUGUGUA